UUAAAACAAAAGAGUAGUCUCGACCAAUGUAUGGGGUCGUCUGUCCAUGGAAAUCAGAGAUAUAAAUAGAAGGCCUCCAAGUUCUCAUUAGACACAACAACUCAAAAACACAGAGUAUAAUCUUCAUUGAGCUAGCUCUCAUAUAAUAUUCAUCUUUUUGAGGAUUAUGGCUAUUUCAAAAGCGCUUAUUGCUUCUCUUCUCAUAUCUCUUCUUGUUCUCCAACUCGUCGAGGCCGAUGUGGAAAGCUCAAACAAAAAGGAUGGUUACGGCAGUAAAAUUGAUUGUGGAAGUGCCUGUAUAGCACGGUGCAAGCUCUCAAGUAGACCAAAUCUUUGUCACAGAGCGUGCGGGACUUGUUGCGCCAGGUGCAACUGUGUGCCACCUAGCACCUACGGGAACCACGACAAGUGCGAGUGCUACGCUAACCUCACCACCCACGGUGGUCGCCGCAAGUGCCCUUAAGUACUGAAGUUGCUGCGGAUAUUCAAUUCAAUACGAUGUUGUUUGCUAGAAUUUGUUGGCGUAUGCCUGUAUGUGUGGUACUGUAUUAUUAAUUGGUCUGUUUGUUGUAAGUUUUUGGUUUUUAUUCGUUUGGUGAAAUAAUCUCGUUGUAUUGUUUCAUUUUCUAUAUAAAGUUAUGUUGUUAUGUUGCUU